UUUAGAAAAGCAACUUGCACGAUAAGCUAUUUGUACGCACAAUGUCCCACCGUCAAUGGCUGUGCAGCGUCUGUUCUGCUCACUUUACUCGGAUGGAGCAUCUCAGACGGCAUCUGAGAUCACAUGACAAUGAGCGGCCAUACGCAUGCGCGCUAUGUCAGAGAACCUUUACGCGAAAAGAUGCCAUGAAACGUCAUGAGAAAACAUGCAAAGCACAGCCCAGUGUCAUCAAUGCUCUUGACACGCUGGCCUCCACGUAUAAUAGGGGGAAUAGUAAUAGUGCCAACGAAACUCUUUUCCAAAACACGGACCUAGACGUAGCUCACGAGGACGCUUGCCUAGCCAAUAUCCCUGCUUCGUCGGAUUUCGAAGCCCUCGAUCUGUUGUACUCUCAAGAUCUAACACCAGAUAGCACAGCCCUGGCAGGGAGAUUAGAAUUCCUAGCAUACUUUACAAGCGCCAAUGGGAUGGCGACUUUCUUGGACCAGGACACGCUCAAACAAUGGCAGAAGAUGUUAUUAGAGCAUGAACGACAUAUCGAAAUGUAUGGAUAUGACUGUGAUGCGACGGGCCUGCGUGAGACUUGUCAUUCAGCUGGGAUACAGGUCUUUACCAACUCAUGGGGAAACACCUUUGAAACUACGAUUGACCCAUCUGUGGUACAUAUGACCUCUGAUGACUCAGAUCUUCUUUUUCUUAGAACCCAAGAGAUCAUUCAUGAUCUCCAAGCCCUCGUUGCUCGGAAAGCGGACCAAAGUAUCAUCGAGCUGGACUGGAGCCCCUCAGUGCAAGAAUCAUGCAGUACCUUGUUUGCACCCAACAAUAUGCGCCGCUUCUUGGGAUAUUUCUGGUCCCUCUGGUACCCAAACUGUCCGAUUGUGCACCGACCAUCUUUUAAUCCACAGACAGCACCAUUGACCCUACUAUGCGUUAUGGUAAUUAUUGGGGCCUGUCUUUCACCCCGUGCUGGAGAUGGGUUGCGUGCAAGGAUGUGGCUCGACACUGUGGAAGAAUUGGUAUUCAGCAACGAGGUAUUCCAGGAAAAGCCUGCCAUGACAACAACCACACCACCUAUCCUCGAAGGACAAACAGAAUGGAAGAAGAGGCGUGUAGAGUGCCUGCAGAUGACAUACUUAAUAUGUUCAUUACAAAAGAGAGAGGGCUCCAUCAACGCACAGGCGAGAAGUCGCAGAUACCGGCAUGCAAUGAUGGUCACGCUGGUGCGAGAUAUUGGUCUUUCUGCGUCGCAUCGGGAUCUCGAGUUGAAAGAGCCUUCAGGAUCUUGGUGGCGGAAAUUUAUUGUCGAGGAAGAGCGAAUACGAUCCCUCCUUUAUGUUUUCUGCAUUGACUCGGCGAUCACAAUGUUGCAUAACUCGCCUCCACGGAUGGUGGUGUCCGAAUUGAAAAUGGAUAUAGCCUGUCCAGAAGAAUGCUUUCAAGCGGGUUCAGCCACGGAAUGCUUCACAGCCUUGAGUGCAUGGAAGGAUAGCAUAUUUUGGCGCGAAAGAUUGUCAAUGUCGUCCGUGGUAAAAUGGAUUUGUCAGAGGAGCUUGGACGAUCAUCUUGUACAUGAAUUUUCCCGAAUGGGAACUCUGAAUAUGUGUACACUUGUACUAUCACUCCACUCGCUCAUAUUUAGUCUUCAGAACUCACUUAUUUUCGAGUCUACCUUUACGCCCGUCCAGACUGGAUUGGAGAACUGGGGACGUAUCUGGAACAAGAGAAUUCCCGAAGACAGAUACACACCGGAUAAUCCGCACACUAUCUGGAAGAAAAUAGGCUUUGUACGUUAUGCCGCCGAAUUCUGGCAUUUGGCACGAAUCAUUGUGGCUAGAGUACAAUCGGGAAGUCUUCCCAGAACCCAGAAGGAAUCAUCUCGAUACGACCAUACAGAUAUGGUGGAUGUCAAUGGAUUAAUAAUGGAAUAUCGACGAAUGAGUCUAAGUGCACCUCCUCUCACAUAAUAUCCGUUAAGCAAGAAUCCCCGCUAGGCUUGUUCGACGCUGGAUGUCCGCCUGCGGACCUUCACAACGAAAUCAGUUGGCUUGACAAACCAAUAGUUCUCAGUGGACCACUUCUGGUU